AUGGUCAAGUUAAGUUAUUGUUGGGCGGUCCUAGUACUGGUGGCCAUUGCAGAAGCGCAGGAAUCCGAUGAAACCGAGUUGGUGGACAGUUCUGUAGAUGACUUGACUGAGGAUAAAUGCAACCAUAAGAGAGCUGGCUGCUGCUCUGAGCUCUACAUUGGAGAUGAGGAGCAGCUGGUUAAAUGUUUCGCCAUACACUCGGCCAAGUUACCGCCGGAAGGGGAUAGUGACAUAGGCAUGACUCUGAGGUUUCUGUCGUGCUUUGUGGAGUGCAUUUACAAGCAAAAGAAGUACAUUGGCAAGGGUGACACCAUUAACAUGAAGAUGGUCAAGCUGGACGCGGAGAAGAUGUAUGAGAAUCGUCCAAAAGAGAAGGAGUACCACAUCGAAAUGUAUGAAAGCUGUCGGAAGGAUGCAGUGGGAGUCUAUAAUAUCCUAAAAGCCAGUCCGGGAGCUAAGGUUCUUCUCAAGGGCGCUUGUCGUCCCUACCUGCUGAUGGUGUUCAUGUGCAUGAGUGACUACCAUCAGAAGCACGAGUGUCCCUACUUCCGCUGGGAGGGCAGCAAAUCGGCGGGAACAAAGGAUACAUGUGAGGAUGCCAAAGCCAAGUGCUAUGUGAUUGAUGGAAUAACACUGCCUGCCAAGAAUCCUGCCUGA